UGUACGCUGUGCGCAUGCGCCCUCGCUCAGUACUGCAGAGGGCUCCAGCAGCUACAGGAAUGUCGGUUAUUCCAAACACUGACUCAGUGGGUCCCUGGACUCGAGCUUCUGUUGGGAAAAUGGUAGUUUCUGCGCUCUGUGAAUGAAACCGUGUAAGGUGCUGAGAAUUUAUAUCACUCGGUUCCCAUGGCCUCUUUAACCGUCACUUCGGAGGCUCGGAGCGUCGAGAAGCAUCGGAAGUCCUUCUCGCUGCUCUUCUACCGGGCCGUGCGGGACCUAAAGCCGGUCUGGAUGUUGGAGGACAUGCGGACGAUGGAAACUUUUUACUUGGACGAGGACUCUGGCCAGAGGAUUUACAGCCCCUCGGAGGCGUUGCUGUACGCUAUAGUUCAUGACCACCAGGCGUACGCUCAGUACCUCCUCAGCCGAUACACGGAUGAAGCGCUAGCAAAACCCGGGGAGCGCUUCUGCCCCUGUCCGUCCUCCGCCCCUCACCUCGCUAUGGCUGUUCGCUACGACAGACGCUACAUUCUCGGCCUCAUCUUACAAGAAACCCACCGUAUAGCCAGUACCCCGUCCUACACGGACCGAGCCGGGUGUUUUCACAUCGAGGACGGAAGAACCCCGUUACAUCUGGCUUGCGAGCUUCUGCGUCCCGAGGCGGUCAUCUUGCUCCUGGGUAGCGGGGCGUCCCCCUACGCCCGAGACCACAACGGCCUGACCCCGCUGGACAUUACUUUGGAAAAGCUCAGAGACUCCACGGUGGUCAGAAGUGGGGAGAAAAGGCGGUGUCUGGACAACCUGCUCUUGUUUAUGCCAAAAGUUCGCUUCAAAAUGAAGGAAGCUCUGGUUAGAGAAUCGGAGCGCUGGAGCAAGGUGCUAGGCGAGGAGACCUACCUGUACCUGUCGGGAAGGAGCCCGGCGCCGUUGGUUCUGAGCGCCAUGCAGACUGUUCUGCAGCAGCUGAGCCCUGCCAGCUUUCCGGACAGCCUACUCGAGCUGCCCAUUCCCUCCUCCCUCAAACCACCGGGACUGCCUGUGAGCCAGCGGGACAGACAGAGGGUGGUGUAGCAUCAGUGACACAUGCAUGCCCUGUUUGGAUACUGCUGUUUUAGCAUGCUGUGCGUGAGCAUUUGAAGAUCCUGUAUGGCUAUUAUAGGCCUGAACAGAUAAAACACUAACAGUCAGGGAAAAAAUAGACUAAAUUAAUAUGAUCUAAUGAUGCAACAUAAGCCACACUGAUUCCACGGGAAGGAAUAUAAAAGCCAUACUCUAGCGUUUCACAUUGAUUCAGGUGCCAUGAAUCAUUUAUUUGUCUAUGAAAUGUUGUAUCUAGUAAUGAUACUGCAAGUGUAUCUAUCAAAAGGAUGGACAGACACUAAUACUGACCUGUGUUACUGAUGAAUUUAAUUUAUUAAAAUGAUGAUAUUUAUCAGCAACAUAAAGUAGUCAUAAGAAAAUGAUCAGGUGACUUGAAAACGUUUUGGAUCUCUGUCUUUGAAUAAAUACAAAUUUAAGUGACUGUC